AUGGCAUCAGACGAAUUGAGAGCUGUCCUUCAAACGGUCAUAGACGACUUCAGAGGCUGGCCGCUGGCCCCGAUAAUGCACAACCCCUCCGAAGCUGAUCUUUCCUACGAAGACAUCUACUUCCCCUCCGACGACGGCGUCCCUUUAGAAGGCUGGUUCAUCCCCUGCGCAAACUCCAACAAGAUCAUAAUCGCCAACCAUCCACACUGGUUCAACCGUGCAGGCAUCCCCUCCCAUCUCGAACCCUGGAAUAAUCUCAUGCCCGGCAACGACUUUGAAGUUAAUUUCAUCCCUGACUACAAGAUCCUCCACGAUGGGGGGUAUAAUGUCCUUGUGUAUGAUCUUAGAAACCAUGGUUUGAGCGGACAGGGAAAUCAGGGUCUGUUUGGGUUCUUUGAAUGGAGGGAUGUGCUUGGAUCGUUGAAGUAUGUUCGUGGAAGAGAGGAUUUGAAGGAUAUGACUAUCGGACUAUUCAGUCGUUGCGCCGGCGCAAACGCGACAUUCUCAGCAAUGCGCCAUCGACCCGACACUUUUAAGGGUGUACGCUGCAUGGUAGCACCACAGCCAAUAUCCGCCAAAUCCUCCAUCGGAAAACUCGUCAAGACAAUGGGAGCACCGGAGUCAUUCAUGGAGGAAGCAGAUCGGAUGUUCUUCAUGAAGACUAGCUUCCACAUCAACCAGCUUGAUCCACCCAGCGAUGCGAAACAUACUAAUGUCCCGACGUUUUUGUACCAGGUGCGCGAUGAUCCUUGUACGACGCCGGCGGAUGUGCAGUCUGUUUAUGACAAUAUUCCUAUUGAGGAGAAGAAGAUCAAGUGGAUUGAAGGGACUGAGAAGAGGUGGGAUGGGUAUACGUAUUUCCAGAGGGAGCCGGAGCAGUUUUUGGAGUGGUAUGCAAAGUACAUGAACUAG